AAGUCAGCCAGCUAGUCAAUAACACAACACAAGGAGCAAACCACGCUUCUCCCACACGUCAACUCCAGUCGCCGUCGUCACUCCGCCACUUCCUCCGCCGUGCACGUGCACUCCACCACACCCUCACUCUUCGAAUCUUCCUCCCUCUCUCUCUCUCUCUUCACACACAUUACAUUCUCUGCUACACACAUCACACACACACACCUCUCUCCUCUCUCUCUCUCUCUCUCUUUCUACAUCUACAUCUCCGGCGUACACUUCGCCGCAAAACCUACCGCCGUAUAAUGUAAUUUCUCCUCGCGCAAAUGCACGCCAAAAACCGCCUCCCUGGCAGCGGACACAACACACCGUCGCCGCCGGCCUCUCCGCUCCGAUCUCCUCGCCUCCGGCAUCCUCGCGCCGGAAAAUCCGCCGGAAAAUUCGCUCUCAACGUCUCCAACCGCUCCGUCGCACAGCGUGUCGCCUGGAUCGUACUAUCGGUUCUGUUACGUCGCCAAGGGGUGUUUCUGUUCGCGCCGCUGCUGUAUAUCUCCGGUAUGCUGUUUUAUAUGGGAACGGUGUCGUUUGAUGUUGUUCCGGAUGUUAUUAAGGUCCGGAAGGCUCCUGGUUCGGUGUAUCGGAGUCCGGUGCUUUACGCGAAGCUCCGGCAUGAGAUGGAUGCUGAUAAUUCGUCGUCUGAUGCGAUGUCAACUAUAUGGAAACAUGCUAAAGGUGGAGACUGGAGGCCUUGUAUAAACAAGUUUUCCGGAGGCUUGCCAGAAUCAAAUGGCUACAUAUAUGUUGAGGCAAAUGGUGGCUUGAAUCAGCAAAGGACAUCGAUUUGCAAUGCGGUUGCUGUGGCGGGCUAUCUUAACGCAACACUUGUCAUUCCGAAUUUUCAUUUUCAUAGCAUCUGGAGAGAUCCUAGCAAAUUUAGUGACAUAUACGAUGAAGAGUUUUUUGUUAAAACAUUGGAAAACGAUGUACGUAUUGUUGACUCAGUACCUGGAUACCUAAUGGAAAGAUUUGAUUACAAUUUGACCAAUGUAUUCAACUUUAGAAUAAAGGCCUGGGCUCCCAUUCAGUACUACAAAGAUACUGUUCUUCCUAGACUUCUUGAGGAAAAAUUCAUAAGGAUUUCUCCAUUUGCAAAUCGAUUGUCAUUUGAUGCACCCCCUGAAGUCCAACGGCUUCGUUGUUUGGCAAACUAUGAAGCGUUACGGUUUUCAAAUCCUUUAUUAACGAUGGGAGAAACACUAGUUUCAAGAAUGAAAGAAAAAAGUGCCAAGCAUGGUGGAAAGUACAUUUCCGUUCAUUUACGGUUUGAGGAGGACAUGGUUGCUUUCUCUUGUUGUGUAUAUGACGGUGGAUCAAAAGAACGUGAAGAUAUGAUAGCUGCUAGGGAGCGGGGGUGGAAAGGUAAAUUUACAAAGCCCGGUAGAGUUCUUCGACCCGGAGCUAAUAGAGUAAAUGGAAAAUGCCCCCUCACACCUCUAGAGGUGGGGUUGAUGCUUAGAGGAAUGGGUUUCGAUAACGAUACAUCUAUAUUUCUAGCUUCCGGAAGAAUAUACGAUUCCGAGAGACACAUGGCUCCACUUCUAGAAAUGUUUCCUCUUUUACAAACGAAAGAAAUGCUCGCGUCUCCCGAGGAACUAGCUCCAUUUAAGAACUAUUCUUCGAGAAUGGCUGCUAUAGAUUACACCGUAUGUCUCCACAGUGAAGUUUUUGUUACAACGCAAGGUGGAAACUUUCCACAUUUCUUGUUGGGCCACAGACGAUAUUUGUUUAAUGGGCAUUCCAAGACAAUCAGGCCCGAUAAGCGCAAGUUAGCAGUAUAUUUCGAUAAUCUAAAAAUCGGCUGGAAAACAUUCAAAAGGCACAUGUUAAGCAUGCGGGCCCAUAGCGAUUCGAAAGGAAUUGAACUAAAACGACCAAACGACUCGAUAUAUUCGUUCCCAUGUCCAAAUUGCAUGUGCCAUACAAACAAAACCGAAGAUUCAAAAACCACAUCCACAGCAUGAUUCGACAAGUCAACCAAAGUCAAACGCGUUUCCCUGAUGUGGUUUGCGGUUCUCGGGUGCACAUUUUGCGAGCUAACAUUGAAAAUUCUUUAUUUUUUCCUCAGAAGCUUGACUAAUCAGCAUUUGGAGCGUCGUAGCUUCAACAAAGAUCAAGAAAGAUGAAAAUUGAUUGAUUACAUUAAUUAGAAAGAAAAAAAGUAAUCGUUUUGAUUACGUUCUAUGGUCUUUGCGGAGACGCUGUAUUGGGCAAGCUGAAUUGCAAAUAUGUUUAACCUGGUUGAUGAUUCUAGUUUUUUUUUGUGUACAAUAGAGUAAAUUUGAUUUUCGGGUACAUCAAAAUGUUUUGUCACAAAUUUUGGGAGCCUCAUUUUUGGGAUCCCUUGUUGAAUUCAAUGCAAUUAUUUUCUUCUCUA